ACGGGCUUGCAAUGAGAACCAUCAGCUUGAGAUUAUUCCAGUGAAGCUGAAAGAACUGGAGGUGGAGGGCUACAUCUUAGAUUUUGAAUGCCACGUGGCAAUGCCAGCAGCCAAUCAGACCAUCACUGCCCUAUCCUCUUAGAUAAGCUCCUGGAUACAUUAACAGGUUCUUCUGUCCACAAGCCUCAUACCCACCAAUCUAACAUUGAGUUGAAGAAAAAUUUCCCCCAUGGCCUCUGCUUGUGCUUCUUCAGCGAUUGCAGCUGUUUCUCUCUCUUCCCCAAGCACCCAGAAAAACGGAUCAAUUGUGGGAGCAACAAAGGCUUCUUUUCUUGGUGGGAGAAAACUUAGAGUGAGCAAGUAUACUGCACCGGCUAGCUCAAGAUCGGUCACUGUUUCCGUUGCAGCUGACCCUGAUAGGCCCAUCUGGUUCCCUGGCAGUGUUCCUCCUCCAUGGCUUGAUGGCAGUCUUCCUGGAGACUUCGGUUUUGAUCCUCUUGGUCUAGGAUCUGAUCCGGAGACCUUGAGAUGGAACGUGCAAUCAGAGAUUGUGCAUUGCAGAUGGGCAAUGUUAGGCGCUGCGGGUAUUUUCAUCCCUGAAUUCCUAACAAAGUUAGGCAUUCUAAACACCCCAUCCUGGUACACUGCUGGAGAGCUGGAGUACUUUACGGAUACAACCACACUCUUCAUUGUCGAACUGAUUUUCAUCGGUUGGGCCGAGGGCAGACGGUGGGCAGACAUCAUCAAGCCAGGGUGCGUCAACACUGACCCCAUCUUCCCCAAUUACAAGCUUACAGGGACGGAUGUUGGGUACCCUGGUGGCUUAUGGUUCGAUCCACUUGGCUGGGGCAGUGGUUCUCCUGAAAAAGUCAAGGAGUUGAGAACAAAGGAGAUAAAAAAUGGGAGGUUAGCCAUGUUGGCUGUGAUGGGUGCAUGGUUCCAACACAUCUACACUGGAACAGGACCAAUUGACAACCUCUUUGCUCACCUUGCUGAUCCUGGUCAUGCCACUGUUUUCGCUGCUUUCAGCCCCAAGUGAUAGAGGCAAGGGAAACUGCUAAAUAGGGAUUAAUGUGCA